GCUGUAGCAGAUGCUUUGAAGUGAUGAGGAGGUUUCUGUUACUCUAUGCUACACAGCAAGGACAGGCAAAGGCCAUAGCCGAAGAAAUAAGUGAAAAAGCAGUUGCUUAUGGUUUUUCUGCAGAUCUUCACUGUAUUAGUGAGUCUCAUAAGUAUGAUCUGAAAACUGAAACAGCGCCUCUUGUGGUGGUGGUUUCUACCACGGGCAACGGAGACCUGCCAGACACAGCCCGCAAGUUUGUUAAAGCCAUACAGGACAAGACGCUGCCCGGUGACUUCUUUGCUCACUUGUGGUAUGGAUUACUAGGUCUGGGUGAUUCAGAAUACACGUACUUCUGUAAUGGGGGGAAGAUAAUUGAUAAACGACUUCAAGAGCUUGGUGCCCAGCGUUUCUAUGACACUGGCCACGCGGAUGACUGUGUAGGUUUAGAACUUGUGGUUGAGCCAUGGAUUAACGGACUCUGGGCCGCCCUGGCAAAGCAUUUUCUGUUGAGUGGAGGAAAAGAGGAGAUGAAUGGAACUCUUACAAUGGCAUCUAAUGCCUCCCGGAGGACAGACCCCGUGACACAGGAAUUACUACACAUUGAAUCACAGGUUGGACUUCUGAGUUUAGAUGAUUCCAGACGAAAGGAUGGUGAAGUUUUAGAGCAAAAUGCAGUAAACAGAGGCCGAUCGAAGACAUUGAUUGCAGACUUUGAGCCCUCGCUUACCCGUUCAAUACCCCCGCUUUCACAGGCCUCUCUGAAUAUUCCCGCUUUACCACCAGAAUAUUUACAGGUGCAUCUGGAGGAGUCCUUUGGCCAGGAGGAAAGCCAAGCACCUGUGACGUCAGUGGAUCCAAUUUUUCACGUUCCAAUUUCAAAGGCAGUUCAGCUGACUAUGAAUGAUGCCAUAAAAACCACUCUCCUGAUAGAAUUGGACAUUUCAAAAACAGAUUUUUCCUACCAGCCUGGCGAUGCCUUCAACGUGAUCUGUCCCAACAGUGACUCUGAGGUACAGCGCCUACUCCAAAGACUGCAGCUCACAGACAGGAGAGAACACUGUGUCGUCUUGAACACUAAGGCAGACACGAAGAAGAAAGGAGCAGCCUUGCCCCAGCAUAUACCUGAGAAGUGUUCUCUCCAGUUCCUUCUUACCUGGUGCCUUGAAAUACGAGCGGUUCCUAAGAAGGCGUUCUUGCGAGCCCUCGUGGACCACACCGGCGACGGCGCGGAGAAGCGGCGGCUGCAGGAGCUGUGCAGCAGGCAGGGGGCGGCGGACUACAACCGCUUCGUCAGAGACUCGCGCGCCUGCCUCUUAGACCUGCUGCUGGCCUUUCCGUCCUGCCAGCCUCCGCUCGGCCUCCUGCUUGAACAUCUUCCUAAGCUCCAACCCAGACCGUAUUCCUGUGCAAGCUCCAGUCUGUUUCACCCAGGGAAGCUUCAUUUCAUCUUUAACAUCGUGGAGUUUUGGUCUGACACCACGGCGGUGGCUCUGCGGAAGGGCGUGUGCACGGGCUGGCUGGCCACGCUGGUUGGAUCGGUUCUUCAGCCGAACACUCGUGCCUCCCGGGCAGACGGCGACAAGGCCCUGGCGCCCGAGAUAUCCAUAUCGCCUCGGACAACAAACUUUUUCCAUUUACCAAAUGACCCCUCAGUCCCCAUCAUAAUGGUGGGUCCAGGAACUGGCAUAGCACCUUUCAUUGGCUUCCUGCAACAUAGAGAGAAACUCCAGGAACAUCACCCAGAUGGACACUUUGGAGCUACGUGGUUGUUUUUUGGCUGCAGACAUAAGGAUAGGGAUUAUUUAUUCAGAGAGGAGCUCAGACAUUUCCUUAAGUGUGGAAUUCUCACUCACUUGAAAGUCUCCUUCUCAAGAGAUGCUCCUGUGGGGGAGGAAGAAGCCCCAGCAAAGUAUGUGCAAGACAGCAUCCAGCGCCACAGCAAGCAGGUGGCAAGGGUCCUUCUUCAGGAGAACGGCCGUGUUUACGUGUGUGGAGAUGCUAAGAAUAUGGCCAAGGAUGUAAAUGAUGUCCUUGUGGAGAUAAUAAGCAAAGAGGUUGGAGUUGAAAAACUAGAAGCAAUGAAAACAUUGGCCACUUUAAAAGAAGAAAAACGGUAUCUUCAGGAUAUUUGGUGAUAAAAUUGGAAAAUAAAGGAAGAGAAUUAAGCUUUUUGGCUGAAAGUACUAAAAGACAACUUUACUGAAGCUUGAGACUUCCGAUUUUUAAAAUUAAAAUUUUUUUUUAACAUUUCUUGCAUGAGGUCGGGGGGUGGCAUGGGGAGGGGACCGUUUAACAGUGUAGGAAGCUUUCAAUUCAGCUUCCCAUAUCUGCCCCCCAACCCUCCCCAAACCGCCCUGAGCUGGGAAAGGCAGCCCGCGCUCCUCCACCAGC